AUGAAGCCAGUAAACGCUCAAAAAGUGCUUGCUUAUGAUUGCGGCUGUUCUUUUUUGGUUGUUAACAUGUUGAAUCUGAACUUGCCUUCUGAAGAAACUAAUGCAUGGUCUGAUACCGGUGUUCUCGUUUCCUUACAGAUUAAUGAAAAUUCAGAAAACCCGACAUGGAAUGCAAUUGGGUAUAAGCUACCAACUCGAGAAAAUCCCUUAAACCCACAAACAGAGAGACCUCUUGAAAAAGGCAUCGUAGAAAUAACUGAUCAAACUAUCGACUCAUCCCUUCUCAAAUCUCUGACCCAAAAGGGCCUAAAGGUGAUUGAAGAUCCAAAUCAAAAGGACACUUACACUAUUGAAUGUGAUGCUGUUAUUAUUGGCUCAGGCUGUGGUGGUGGAGUUGCAGCUUCUAUCCUUUCGAGCUCAGGCUACAAGGUUAUCGUCAUAGAGAAAGGAAAUUACUUUACCUCACAAGACUAUACGUCCAUUGAAGCUUCAUCAUUGGACCAGAUGUAUGAAUCUGGGGGAUUUCUCAGUACUCUGGACUGUAACAUACUGCUCUUUGCUGGGUCAAUGGUUGGAGGAGGUUCAGCUGUCAACUGGUCAGCUUGCAUAAAGACACCCGAUAAUGUUCUCAAAGAAUGGGAAGAGGAAAAAAAGCUGAAUCUUUUUACGAAUCAAGAGUACAUAUCGGCAAUGAACAAAGUCUGUGAAAGGAUUGGAGUCACUGAAACCUGCACAGAGGAAGGACUGCAGAACCAAGUUCUUCGAAAAGGCUGUGAAAAACUCGGUCUUGAUGUUGGUUUUGUUGCGAGAAAUUGCUCGGAGUCUCAUUUCUGUGGGAGUUGCUGUUAUGGAUGUCCAACAGGAGACAAGAAAGGAACCGAUACUACUUGGUUGGUUGACGCAGUUAACUCUGGCGCAAUUAUUCUGACCGGAUGUAAAGCGGAGAGAUUCUUGUUGAAAGGGAACAAUGCUGGCAAGAGAUCCAUGAAGUGUAUUGGAGUAAUAGGAAAGAUUUUGAGCAAAAAUGUGACGAAGAAAAUACAGAUCAAAGCUAGGGUGUCCAUUUCUGCUUGUGGGGCCCUCUCGACUCCCCCUCUGAUGCUCGCCAGUGGGCUAAGGAAUCCCAACAUAGGGAAAAACCUACACCUCCACCCCUGUGCUGUAGCCUGGGGAUACUUUCCAGAAUCAGUAUCAGACCUCAAAGGCAAGAAAUUCGAGGGGGGGAUCAUCACUUCCAUCCACAAAAUGAAGGAUUCGAAUUCUGAUAAUCGAGCAAUCAUCGAAGCACCGGCCGUGGGCCCCGCCUCAUUCGCGUCAUUCGUUCCCUGGGUAUCGGGAAAAGACAUGAAAGAUAGAAUGCUGAAAUACAGUCGAACCGUGCACCUCUUUGCCCUUGUUAGAGAUCUGGGAUCAGGCACAGUGCAAGGCGAAGGGAGAGUGGUAUAUAGAACGGGUGAAUUAGACAAGGAAAAUUUGCACAGCGGGUUGAGGCGAGUGCUGAGGAUUCUGAUAGCAGCAGGGGCGACGGAGGUAGGGACCCACAGGAGCGACGGGCAGAGGAUGAGGUGCAGAGGGACCAACGACGAGGAUGUGGAGGAGUUCUUGGAUAACGUGGGGAUUACAGAAGGGCCGAAGGAGAGGGAGGAGUUAUGGACUAUGUAUGGUUCAGCACAUCAAAUGGGGAGUUGUAGGAUGGGGGUGAGCGAGGAGGAGAGUGGGGUUGACGAGAGGGGGGAGAGUUGGGAGGCUGAGGGCUUGUUUGUGUGUGAUGGGAGCGUGCUUCCUACUGCAGUUGGAGUGAAUCCUAUGAUCACCAUCCAGUCUGUUGCUUACUGCAUCUCCAAAGGGAUUGAGGUUGUUGCUCAGAUCUGA